UUUCAGGAAUGUUUAGCAGCCACUGAGAAGCUGAAGCUGUACAUAGAAGUUCUACUUUCAUCGCUGGCUGGAAUCAAGCAGAGGCAGGACGAGGAGAAGAAGCAGUUGUGUUCUCUCCGGGACCAGCUGAGACCAGCGCUGCAACUCGACCAGAAAGAGGAGUCCCUGAGCCGGCAGACUGUGUACAGCAUGCACCAGCUGCAGGGGAACAAGCAGUACGGCACGGAGAAGUCAGGGUGCCUCUACAAGAAGAGUGACGGGUUGCGUAAAGUUUGGCAGAAGAGGAAGUGCGCGGUGCAGAACUGCUACCUGACUAUAGCACAUGGAACACCAAACAGACCCCCUGCUAAGCUAAAUCUUCUAACCUGUCAAGUGAAACCAAGUUUGGAGGACAAGAAGUGCUUUGAUCUUAUCUCGCAUAAUCGCACAUAUCACUUUCUAGCGGAGGAUGAUCUGGAGUGUGCCGCGUGGAUCUCUGUCCUCACCAACAGCAAGCAGGAGGCCUUGAACGUGGCCCUGGAUGAGAAGAGGCCAAGCGGGGAGAAUAGCAUCGAGGAUCUAACCAAGGCCAUCAUCGAGGACGUCAAGCGCAUGCCAGGGAACCAUGUCUGCUGUGACUGCGGGGCUCCAGAUCCCACCUGGCUGUCUACCAACCUGGGGAUCCUGACCUGUAUCGAAUGCUCCGGGAUCCACCGGGAGAUGGGCGUGCACUUCUCUCGCAUCCAGUCCCUCUCGCUCGACAAACUGGGAACUUCGGAGCUGCUGCUGGCCAAGAACAUUGGAAACUCAGGGUUUAAUGAGAUUGUGGAAGCCAACCUACCCAGCCCAGCAUGCAAGCCAUCUACAGAAAGUAACAUGACUGCACGGAAGGAUUUCAUCAUUGCCAAGUACAUGGAGAGACGGUUCUCCAAGAAGGGCGGGGGCAGCCCUAUGUCUCUGCGGAAGCAGCUGCUGGAAGGUGUGAAGAGUAAGGACAUGUUCACGCUGCUGCAGGUGUACGCAGAGGGGCAGGAUCUCAGUGACCCCCUUCCUAUCCAUGCACAGGAGCACGGGGAAGCAGCUCUGCAUCUCGCCGUGCUGUUGUCUGAUCGCACCUCCCUGCACAUGGUGGACUUCCUGGUGCAAAACUGCAACAACCUGGAUAGGCAGACUGUCCGGGGGAACACUGCCCUUCAUUACUGCUGCCUGCACAACAAAACAGAAUGCCUCAAACUGCUGCUGCGCGCAAAGGCCAACACUCACAUCAAAAAUGAAAAAGGAGAGACUGGACUGGAUGUAGCUCGGAGAUUAGGAAACUCUCAUUGUGAAGAACUGAUUAACCAAGCGCACUGCAACCUGUUCAACAUGCAUGUGCACGUGGAGUACGAGUGGAGACUGCGGCAGGAGGACAUGUACGAGAGUGACGAUGAUCUGGACGAGAAGUUAGGACCUGUGAAAAAGGACCGCUCCUUCAGGCCCCACAGCCUGUACCAGGCCCCCUGCAGCUCCUCCCAGGACCAGGGAGCCAGUCACCCCGGGGUGGGGAGACGCCUGGCUGCGCUGCCCCAGGACCACUGGCGUGAAACCUACACCACGCCCACCAACCAGAGCCGCAGCCUGGACUCCUCCCAGACCACACCCCUGGGCUACACCGCCUCACCCCUGCCCACCCGACUAUCCAUCAGAGCUCCCAACGUGCCCCCUCCUCCUCCUCCUCCUCACGUUAGCCCCCCCGCAGCUGGCUGUAACAUGAAGAAGAGGAACCCCCCUCCCCCGUUAGUCAUUAGACACAAGCGCACCCUGUCGGAGCCCAGCCCCCAGGUGCCACACAGCCCCCUGAGCCAGCGCCACAUCUCCCCGGAUUACGCCUGCCCAGUGAUGUCUCGAGGUCUGAGUGCAGCAGAGAGCAGCUACCAGAAACCUGUGUUAGGUUCACCGAAAUACACAGCGUCUCCUCUUAACACACUGCCCGAGCUACCAGAGAAAGGAAUGCCUAAUAAACCGGAAGCCUUUAGCGACUCGUCCAUUCGGAUGAACCAGCCCCCGCAGCCCAGCGGGAGGUCUUUACAGCCAGACUCUCCAUCGCCAAGGUCCUCCGCCUCCAACGCGAAUGGAGCCAAACCUGCUGCACAUGGAUCAGCCCCCCACCUGCUCCCCAGGAGGACAGUGGGCAAGCCCAGGAUACGGAGAGUGAAGGCAAUCUAUGAUUGUAUCGCAGACCAUCAUGAUGAGCUGACAUUCAAGGAAGGAGAGAUCAUUGUGGUGACUGGAGAGGAUGACUCAGACUGGUGGGUGGGCUACAUCGAGGGGCAGCAGCCUCAAAAGAAAGGGCUCUUCCCGGCCUCGUUUGUUCACAUCCUCUCUGACUAGUGACCAAAGCCACGCAGAGAUCAACAUACAGGACGUGCAGCAGCCCGCAGUGCAACUACGUGGAGAUGCUGAAUCUUUACAGCAUGUGUGGAUCAUGUGCAGGCCAGCAGUGUACAUAUUUUGGUUAAUCAAGUUAAAUAAAUACUAUAAGAAUGUGGGUGCAGUGUAACCCAUGCUAUGUGUGCGCAUUGCAUUUGCCUAAUCAUUGUGAUCUUUUAGAUUUGACAAGGUUUUGCGAUCAGCCAGCUACUAGGAAGCAUUCGAGCGUUGACGUCCUCCUACUCGUUUGUAAACGUUCACCUCUGCGCAGUAACAAAGCACUUCUCCUUGAAACAGCUCUUGUGCACAAUAUAGCGGUACAAGCUGAGAGGCUAGGUGCUUUAGAGGCGCAUGUGAAGCCUUUGACUGUUUAUGUAUAUUUUGUAUUAUUCAAGCACUGGAUAUGUCAUAAAUGUUUAGUGGCAUAUCGGAUCUCUCUGUCUCAGAUUAGAGGCAGUCAAAGAAAGCAGGUUCGGGCUGGUAUCUGUUAAUUACCUUGGAAAAGGGGCUACGACCAAAAUAACUCAUUUUGCACGUGCCAAUUAAGGUCAUACAGUGGCUUGACUGUUAUCUUCUAUGAUGGAAGACAGCAACAAGAUACACAGUAUACAGCAGCAUUCAAGCAAUGCACAAUCUACCAGACCACGGGCUAGUUAAACAGCACACGCUGGGGUGUAUCAUCAGUAGCUUUCUUUUGUUGUAACAGAUUCUGCUAAAGCAAAGGAGAUUAAUAGCACACCUGUUGCAGAGAUGUGUAAAAUUGCAUUCCGCUGAGCUGUGUGUUGAAGUCUGUCCUGUCCUGUGUGGAUGCAGUGGAGAAUACUUGUUGACAAUCAUGUUUCAUGUCUGUUUCCCAGUCAGACAAGGGCUUUAAUUAUUAUACAGAACCUUUCGUAAUGAGCCACCAUCACAAAACGCUUUACAGAGGUAGGCUGUGAACUGUGCAUUAUAUGUAGUCACUUACAAUAGGACUUAGC